AUGACUCAUUUUGGUGUUUUGUCUCCUUUCACUUGUGCAGGUCCCAGGCUCCGAGAGGGCCCCACGUACUCCAGGUUUAAGAGCUGCCUCAGGAGGAAGCUGGCGGCCCGGGCGGCGGGCAAAGUGGUGAUGCCUGAGAAACUCUCCACCACAAAAACUGCUGUGACUUUACAUAGCAGUCAUGGUGCAGCAGGCUUGGGAGGGAGGAGUACCAAGAGACUGGAAAUGGAAAAGAAAUGGAAAUGGCCUUCUCAGCAUCCAGUGGUUUGGGAGGUUGGAUAUAGCAUUGCAGAAAGUGGAGACAUGAAAGUCUGUGAAAAUACGAAUUGCAUCUGGAAAGGAUGCCGAGGGGGGACCCAGCGUGAGUUUAGAGCUGUUACCACCUUGAAGCCUUCGAUACCAUUGGAACCAGAAGUAAGGCUUCAUAUUACUGGCUUGCGCAAUGAUUACUAUCUAAACAUACUGGACUGGAGCCUUGAAAAUCUCAUUGCUAUUGCUGUAGGAUCUGCUGCACACAUCUGGAGUGGAAGAACCCUUCAAGCCAUUGAAAGCAUUGAUUUGAAUUCCAGUUCCAAAUAUAUUUCUUCUCUGGCUUGGAUAAAAGAAGGAACUUGCCUUGCAGUUGGCACCAGUGAUGGAGAAGUGCAACUGUGGGACAUUGAAACCAAAAAGAGGUUGAGAAAUAUGUUUGGUCACCUGUCUGUAGUUGGAGCUUUGAGCUGGAAUCAUUAUAUUCUGAGCAGUGGUUCACGACUAGGAACUAUUCAUCACCAUGAUGUUCGGGUUGCUCAGCACCAUGUUGGUACCCUUUGCCAAAACAAACAAAGCAUUUGCAGCCUGAAAUGGUCACUAACCAACCAGUUGCUGGCAAGUGGGUCUAGUGAUGGUAUAUUGAAUAUCUGGCCUAGUGACCCUGGUGUGAAACUGCAGUCACAGCCACUGAAAACCAUACCUCAUUCCUCAGCAGUUAAGGCGAUGAACUGGUGUCCUUGGCAGUCCAAAGUCCUAGCUACGGGGGGUGGAAUGAAGGAUGGGAUUUUGCGUGUCUGGGACAUAAAUCGUGAGAAAAUCAUCCAAAGUGCAGCUACAGAUUCUCAGAUCUGUUCUUUGCUCUGGUUACCCAAAACCAGUGAACUGAUGACUGGACAAGGCCUUCCUGGAAACCAGAUGAAAAUAUGGAAGUAUCCCAUGCUUAUCAAUUCAUCAGAACUCUAUGGUCAUAAAGGGAGAGUCCUGCAUAUAGCCCUGAGCCCAGAUCAGAGCAGGCUCUUUUCUGUUGCAGCUGAUGGGAUAGCUUGUCUGUGGAAAUACCACCAGUCUGGGGAGA